UCAGAGGCGGGGCUCUGCUCUAGGCUUGAACCUGGGGCUUUAGGGCGCCAGCGCAGAAAGCGUUAAGAUGGAGGUUGCUGGAGUUGGCGCCCGCAGCGGAAUGGUGGUGUUUCUCUGAAAUGAAAUACAUGAAAUGUUUUAUUUCAGGUUUACCUUGAAAGUAUGUGUCCUUAAUGAUAGAGUUUUGCAUAAUUUUUAACUUCAUAAAUUCCAUGGAAUUAUAAUUGGUACUAUUCUGCAAUGUCUCUAUUUGAAAGCAAAAGUGAGGACAGACAAAAUGAAGAACAAGGGAGAUAUCUGCAAGCCAACAGCAGAGAACUCAACAUUGUGUUUGGAUAUCCUAACAAUACCAUCAAGACCUCAAGAUAUAAUGUCUUUAACUUUUUGCCUCUGAACCUAUUCGAACAAUUCCAGAGACUUGCAAAUGCAUAUUUCCUCAUUUUGCUAUUCCUACAGUUGAUUCCCCAGAUCUCCUCCUUGGCAUGGUACACAACUGUGAUACCCCUGCUGGUGGUGCUGUCCAUAACAGCAGUGAAGGAUGCCAUCGAUGACAUGAAAAGGCAUCAAAAUGACAAUCAAGUCAACAACCGUUCUGUUAUGGUGGUGAUGAAUGGCAGGAUAAAGGAGGACAAAUGGAUGAAUAUUCAAGUGGGAGAUAUAAUAAAACUAAAAAAUAAUCAGUCUGUCACGGCUGAUGUACUGUUACUCUCUAGCAGUGAGCCAUACGGUCUGACAUACAUAGAAACAGCAGAACUGGAUGGCGAAACCAACCUGAAAGUGAAGCAGGCCAUCUCAGUUACCAGCAACUUGGAAGAUAACCUGGGGCUGCUCUCUGCCUUUGAUGGAAAAGUGAAAUGUGAGUCUCCCAAUAACAAGUUGGACAAAUUCACAGGAAUACUGACUUAUAAGGGAAAAAACUACCUCCUGAACCAUGACAAGCUGCUACUCCGAGGCUGUGUCAUCAGGAAUACAGAUUGGUGCUAUGGCUUGGUGAUUUAUACUGGACCAGACACCAAAUUAAUGCAGAACUGUGGAAAGUCCACCUUUAAACGGACACACAUGGACCAUCUCUUGAAUGUCCUUGUGCUCUGGAUUUUCCUGUUUUUAGGCAGCAUGUGUUUUAUCCUAGCAAUUGGACAUGGCAUUUGGGAGCACAAGAAAGGCUACUACUUCCAGAGUUUUCUGCCAUGGAAAAAAUAUGUGUCUUCAUCAGUUGCCUCUGCCAUCCUCAUAUUCUGGUCCUACUUCAUUAUUCUCAACACUAUGGUGCCCAUUUCCCUUUAUGUCAGUGUUGAGAUAAUAAGAUUGGGCAACAGUUGCUAUAUCAACUGGGAUCGGAAGAUGUUUUAUGCACCAAAGAACACACCAGCACGGGCUCGCACCACCACUCUUAAUGAAGAGCUCGGCCAGGUCAAAUACGUGUUCUCUGACAAAACAGGAACCCUGACUCAGAACAUCAUGGUUUUCAAUAAGUGUUCUAUUAAUGGGAUAUUCUACGGUGGUGGCUAUAAGAAUGAACAGAAUGUGGAUGUCUCUGAUGAAAGGGAAAAGGUCGACUUCUCCUACAACAAACUGGCUGAUCCUAAGUUUUCAUUUUAUGACAAGACUUUGGUGGAAGCAGUGAAAACAGGAGACCGCUGGGUGCACCUGUUUUUCCUCUCACUCUCAUUGUGCCAUACUGUGAUGUCGGAAGAAAAAGUGGAAGGUAACCUGGUGUACCAGGCUCAGUCCCCAGAUGAAGGUGCCCUUGUCACUGCAGCCAGGAACUUUGGCUUUGUGUUCUGUUCCCGCACAUCUGAGACAAUCAUGGUAGUUGAAAUGGGUGAGACCAAAGUCUACCAACUGCUGGCUAUUUUGGACUUCAACAAUGUGCGCAAGAGGAUGUCUGUUAUUGUGAGGACACCUGAAGAUCGAGUAAUGUUGUUCUGCAAGGGUGCAGACACCAUCCUCUGUCAGCUGCUCCAUCCAUCCUGUGGAUCCCUCAGAGAUGUGACUAUGGAACAUUUAGAUGAUUUUGCCAUUGAAGGCCUCCGCACUCUCAUGGUGGCCUACCGAGAAUUGGAUAAUGCGUUCUUCCAGGCCUGGAGCAAGAGGCACAGUGAAGCCUGCCUGUCUUUGGAGAAUCGGGAAGAUAAGAUAUCAGAUGUCUAUGAAGAGAUAGAAAAAGACUUAAUGCUGUUAGGGGCCACAGCCAUAGAAGACAAGCUGCAGGAUGGUGUACCUGAGACAAUCGCCACCCUGAACAAAGCCAAAAUUAAAAUUUGGGUCCUAACUGGAGAUAAGCAAGAGACUGCUGUGAACAUUGCUUAUGCCUGUAACAUAUUUGAGGAUGAAAUGGAUGGGAUGUUUAUUGUGGAAGGCAAGAAUGAUGAGACCAUUCGGCAAGAACUCAGGUCGGCAAGGGACAAGAUGAAACCUGAGGCUCUACUGGAAUCAGACCCAGUAAACAUUUACCUCACCACGAAGCCCCAAAUGUCCUUCAGAUUACCUGAGGAGGUGCCCAAUGGCAACUAUGGCUUGAUCAUCAAUGGCUGCAGUCUGGCCUAUGCUCUAGAAGGGAACCUGGAGUUGGAACUGCUGAGAACAGCGUGCAUGUGCAAGGGGGUGAUCUGCUGCCGGAUGACACCCCUUCAGAAGGCCCAGGUGGUAGAGCUGGUGAAGAGAUACAAGAAGGUGGUGACACUGGCCAUCGGGGAUGGGGCCAAUGACGUCAGCAUGAUCAAAGCUGCUCACAUUGGAGUUGGCAUCAGUGGCCAGGAGGGAAUGCAGGCCAUGCUCAACAGUGACUACGCCUUCUCCCAGUUCCACUAUCUUCAGCGUCUACUCUUGGUCCAUGGCCGCUGGUCCUAUAAUCGCAUGUGCAAGUUUCUCAGCUACUUCUUUUACAAAAACUUUGCCUUCACCCUGGUGCACUUCUGGUAUGCCUUCUUCAGCGGGUUCUCUGCACAGACGGUUUAUGAUACCUGGUUUAUCACUUUCUACAACCUGGUCUACACCUGCCUCCCUGUCCUGGGCUUGAGUCUGUUUGACCAGGAUGUGAAUGAAACAUGGAGUCUACGCUUCCCAGAGCUGUAUGAUCCAGGCCAGCACAACCUCUAUUUCAACAAGAAGGAAUUUGUGAAGUGUUUAAUGCAUGGGAUCUAUAGUUCCUUCGUGCUGUUCUUUAUCCCUAUGGGGACCAUUUACAACUCAGUGCGCAAAGAUGGGAAAGAGAUCUCUGAUUACCAGUCCUUCUCCCUGAUAGUGCAGACUGCCUUGCUCUGGGUGGUCACAAUGCAGAUUGCCUUGGAUACAACCUAUUGGACGAUAAUAAGCCACAUCUUCACCUGGGGUAGCCUGGGUUUCUACUUUUGCAUCUUAUUCUUCCUGUACAGUGAUGGCUUGUGCCUAAUGUUCCCCAACGUCUUCCAAUUCCUAGGUGUGGCCAGAAACACUCUGAACCUGCCACAAAUAUGGCUGAGUAUUGUCCUCAGUGUAGUCCUCUGUAUUUUGCCCGUGAUUGGUUACCAGUUUCUCAAACCACUAUUCUGGCCUGCCAACGUGGACAAGAUUAUGGACAGAAUUCAUCAAUGCACAAGACCUCUACUGCCACUCCCUAAGCGGACUAAGCUAAAACAUGCAAGCACUCGACGUUCUGCCUAUGCAUUCUCCCACAAACAGGGCUUUGGGGCCCUCAUCACUUCUGGCAAGACAAUGAAGUCCAAGGCAUCAGAACUGGGAGAAGGAGACUGCUGGGAAUGCUUAAAAAUCUUUCUUGAGGGUGGUAUAAGCCACAAUUGAUGAACAUUUUUCUUCAUCCUGUAAAAUUACUUUGAAAAGAAAUUGUAUGUAUUUGGGAAAUGUUUCUGAGAAGUUUAUGGAGUAAUAAAUUGCUUAUUUUGGAGUGGA